AGAGCAAACACAAAGCUAACGUGCGUUCAUUCAAAUUGUAUUCAGUUCUAGAAAAGACAACUUCGGCCCUUUUGUUGACAACCAGCAAGAAGAAAAUGUUAAUACACCCAAACUGUAGAGGGCGAUAAACCGUAUUCCUCUCGACAAAAAGUGGUCAAAUGACAUCCCGAAGAAAACAUGAAUGACAUCAUCAAGCCGCACACUCUGACGUCGCUUGUCGCACUCAAACCUGACACUGGUGUGAUAACAAUGGAGAAUGGUGAUGGAAGGGAGACAUGUGAGCCAAAGGUGGUCCCUAAAACACAGCAGCUCUGUCGCUUCUUCUCUCAGGGAAGACGUUGUUACUUUGGGGCCAAGUGUAAAUAUUUACACACAAGAGGGGACUCAAGAUAUGUUCAGAAAGAAGCAAUCACAACUCCUAGCCAGGCCGACGUCACGUCCCUCGCCCCUGUGGGUCUGGAAGGCGAUGGUGACGUCCUCACUGCUAAGCCCAAGGCAUCCUCAGGAGCAGGACCCCGUGCCUGCCGCUACUUUUUGUCUGGGCACUGCACGAUGGAGGACAGGUGUCGCUUCUGGCAUCCAUCGCAGUUCCCCAAAAUGGGGGACCAUGCAAAAUCAACAGAGCAGAUAGGCUUCAUGCAAAGGAGAUCCCCUGCGCCUCGGCCUAACGUCCUCCAGGAGGUCAAACUGUGCGAGCUGACUAAGGAAGUUGGCGCACAGCUACGAGAGACCGAGAUCAAGCAGCUGAAGCGGCGUUUUCCCAAAGAUCGUCUUAUAAUUCAAGAGCGAAGCGAUGGCAAGGUUACGUAUUACAGGGCCACUGUGGAAGCCACUGAUCCAGACUGGCCUUUUGAUUUGAAAGAAAUUGACAUCAUGGUGAGCUUUCCAGACACUUAUCCACAAGAGAUUUUCAUCCUUGAUAUCCCAUUGGAUCAAGAGCUUCCUCUCGUGAUGGGAAGGCACGUGCAGCAAGCAUCGCUGGAGUGGCUCCAGGCAAAGCACGCCACCAAUCAACUACUCGGAAAAGUGGAGCUGCUCUUCCGACCCUUUCUCCGCUGGCUUGAUCGCAGUUUGGAGAAGCUUUUUACGGAGGGAGCCCGGCAGUUGAAAAAGGACCUUGAUUUAAAAAAAGCCGGGCUGCAGUUCAUUCCCUACCAGGAUCUGCAGGCAACUGUGUGUGAAAAAUCAGACAACAAUCACCCAUCAGACACCAACUCCGACGCUGCGAACGAGGGAGCGCAGGCCGACGACGUCACGAGAAAGUCCGAAGGUGACAUAGCCGGAGGGGAAGGCUCAGGUUGUGAUGAAGAGCGGUGGGAUGAUGAGGACAAAGAUGCCACUCAUCUGGUAGAAAACAUUAAGAUCAGCGAUGUCCGCCGAGGCACAGAAGUGAGGCUGCUCGGCCUGACGCUGGGAGAGAACACGGCCACCGUAGUGGGCCUCAACAUCACCGUUUGUCUUCAGUGCAACAGGUGUAAAGUGACGGCAGACCUGACGCUGAACGGGAAGACGGCCUGCGUAGCUCAGUGCGAGAAGUGCAGUGCGAGAAUCAGCGCAGCAUUCAGACCCUCCAUGCUGCACCACUACAGUGACGUGUUGGGGUACCUGGACCUCCAAAACGCUGUUCCCACUGACCUGGUGCUUCAAGACUGCCACCUCACUGUGGGCUGCCUCAGCUGCUCCCAAGAGAGCUUUGUCCAAAACCUUUGCUAUGGUCAAAUAAAGGAGGUUAAUUGUGACAACUGCCAUGGCAAGCUCAGUCUGUUGGCUGAGAGCGCCAGAUUCCAAUAUAUUCAGCCACGCAGCAACAAAACAGGUCUAAGUGCUUCGACUGUUAAUUUGAAGACUGUAAGAGAUCCGGCUGUUCAAAAGGGCAAACCACUACCAGAAAAAGGAGCAUGCAAGCAUUACAAGCAGAGCCAUCGCUGGCUCAGGUUUCCGUGUUGCGGCCGAGCUUACCCUUGUGACGUGUGCCACGACGAAGACCAGGACCAUCCUAUGGAGCUCGCCAACAGGAUGAUCUGUGGCUACUGCGCUAAAGAGCAGCCUUACAGCAACGGGAAGCCGUGCGUCAGCUGUGGCAACAUGAUGACCAGAGGUGCUCACACCAGCCACUGGGAAGGAGGACUUGGCUGCAGGAGCAAAAUUAAAAUGUCACGAAACGAUCGGCAAAAGUACGCCAACACCAACAAGACCAUUUCGAAGAAGGCCAUUGAAAAGAAGUAGCUUGAUUUGUUACUUUGUGAAUAAGCAAAACAAAAAAAACCCCAAACAAAUUCAAUGAGUUUCUAAUUUCCUCCAAUAAAUCAUGUUGUAAUGAUGA